AUGAUUUUGUCAAAUAUAAUACCUGGUAACAGGUAAAACCUUCUACUUCUAAAUUAAGCUUUUUCUUUUCUCUUGAUACGUUUCAAGCACGAUAUGGAUUGGAGAAUUAUUACUAUUGACUCAAUUUCGAUCUCAUGUCGUGGUGAUGAUCAAGUUAUUUAAAACGUACAUCAAUCAAAUCCCAUGAAUUGAUAAACAGAAACAAGUUCGAAACUGAACACUCCGACGUAUAAUAAUUUUGUUAUUCGUGAUGUUCCUUUUAUUUUAAGUUGCUGAAUGUAAUUGACAUCACGAAUAUACUAAAUGUAUACAUACUGAAUAUCAUAGAAUCUCUGUAUAUAUUCUCAAAUUUGUUGCACAAGGUUCAAACCUCGGAAGAAUUUAAUAGAAUCCAGUGGCAAACCCGGUUUUCUUAAACGAGCUUAUAUCGUGUUUUCCACGCAUUUACGCGUGUUUAUUAGCGUGACCGAGAGCGACAAUCUCUGGUGGGACGCGUUCGCGACCGAAUUCUUCGAGGACGACGCAACCUUAACCCUCACGUUCUGCUUGGAGGAUGGUCCCAAGAGAUAUACGAUAGGCAGGACGUUAAUACCUAGGUACUUCCGUUCGAUAUUCGAGGGCGGAGUGACGGAACUUUACUACAAUUUGAAACACCCGAAGGAAUCAUUUCACAAUACCAGCAUAACCCUCGACUGUGAUAACUGUGUUAUGGUCACGCAUCACGGAAAACCGAUGUUCACGAAGGUAUGUACGGAGGGUAGAUUAAUAUUGGAAUUCACGUUUGACGACCUCAUGAGGAUAAAGUCGUGGCACAUGUCGGUGAGGACGCACAAGGAGCUGGUGCCGAGGACCGUGGUCGGCAUGCAACAGGACCCAACGAUGCUCGAGCAGCUUAGCAAGAACAUCACAAGGCAGGGCAUCACCAAUUCCACCCUGAAUUACCUUAGGUUAUGCGUGAUCUUGGAGCCGAUGCAAGAACUGAUGUCGAGGCACAAGGCGUACGCGUUGUCACCGCGAGACUGCUUGAAGACGACCUUGUUCCAGAAAUGGCAGAGGACGUUUGCCCCGCCGGCUUAUCGCCGGUUUUUAUCAUGCGUACGCGUUGCACCGCGUUUCCUGUUACGCCGGCGUAACCAGCGUCGUUCUCUCUCGCAAUUAUCCGGCGCCCCCGUGCUCAAGGUCGGCGAAAUCAUGGAACCGAGAGCAGCCUUUUCGAAGUCGUGUAAAAAGCACAAGGCGCGGAACUCACAUCGAAAGCGUGAUGCGUGUUUCUCUGUAAAGAUUCUAAAUAUAGUCGCAGAGGCCGGCCAGCAAGAGGAGAAAGCGAAAGGGCAGCACAUCGGGCCCGGGGAACAACGCGCCGCCAGCGCCCAGCAAAAAGAGAUCACCGGGUCCGAAUUUUUCACUGGCGUCACAGGUGAGCCUCAUGGCAUCCGACUCGUUAGAUACUUAGAAAUCUGGAACGGACCGCAGCCGAAGCGUCCUUUAUCGAAAGGCUGUGUCUCCGACGUGAUGGUUGUGGGUGAACCGUCGCUGAUGGGAGGGGACUUUGGCGAAGAGGACGAACGGGUAAUCACGAGGUUGGAGAACACGCAGUACGACGCGACGAACAGCUUGGACCCGCACAGUCACGACACGCCCGGUGGACCACCUCCGCAUCCGCAUCAAUUCCACUCGGAACCGACCCCGGGUAACUCCUGGCCUCCGGACCGCGGUCCUGGACCGCCACAGGGAGGACCCGGCAGUCAGAAUCCUAACCUCCCCGGCGCCUACUUGGCCUCGUCUGGCUGUUCGGCCAGCAGGCUGUCGCACGUCGGCGUACAUCCGCUGGCCUGUCAUCAGGCUGGCCUGUCCGGUCAUCACACGGAGCAGCAGGUGCAGCUGGGCCACGCAGCGGCAGCGGCCGCCGCCGCAGCCUCCAUGGGGAUGGAAUCCUCGGAGCUGGUCGCGGUCGCUCACUACCAGGCGCAACAGCUUCAGCGACAAUUGUUGGCCGAGCAGUCCGCCACCGGCAGCGGGAUGUUGCCGCCAACUGCUGGUCAGCCCACCGGUAGUGGAGGUUUGUCGACGCAGUCGCUGCAGCAGCCGCAACAAGCUCAGUCGCAAGGCCAAGACCCGCUGCAAAGCCUGAUGCAGCAGCUCAUCUGUUUGCAACAGAUCGAGUACUUUUUCGCUCAGCGUGGUCACAAGUGA